CUUCAAGCAGUACAAAACAAUGUCGAAUAUAACAGUCUGUGCUCGAUUCAGGCCUUUAAGUUCGAAGGAGAAAGCUAAUUAUGGCAAUAGUGUGUGCAUUCGUGGUGUCGACUCUGAAACGUUCAUUUUCAAGGAUGAGAAGGAUGAAGAUUUUAAGUUCAGCUUCGAUAGAGUGUUCUAUGAGAAUUCUGAGCAGGUUGAUGUUUACGAAUUUCUAGCUCUGCCUAUUAUUCGAGAUGCUGUUAAUGCUAUAAAUGGGACCAUCAUCACUUAUGGACAGACAGGUGCUGGGAAGACAUAUAGCAUGGAGGGUCUUGGCAUCCUAGAAUCUGAUGAGCGUAAGAAAGGAUUACUCCAGAGAGCAGUAAAUGGACUAUUUGACUGCAUCAAAUCGUCUGAAGAAUCAGUCAAGUACACAAUUAAGUUUUCAAUGGUAGAGAUUUACAUGGAGAAAGUCAGGGACCUUUUAGAUUUAUCAAAGGACAACAUACAGAUUAAGGAAAGUAGAGUGCAAGGAAUACUGUUAUCUGGAGUAUCAGAGAUUCCUAUCUCAGACCCUGCAGAUGCAAUGCAAACCCUAUCUAGUGGGAUAGCAAACAGAGCAGUUGGAGAGACCCAAAUGAACAUGGCCAGCAGUAGAAGUCAUUGUAUCUACAUAUUCACAGCCCAGCAAGAACUAAAUAAAGAAAAAAGGGUGAAAGCUGGAAAAUUGGUUCUUGUGGACUUGGCAGGGUCUGAGAAAGUGGAGAAAACUGGUGCUGAAGGGAAAGUUCUUGAAGAAGCCAAGACCAUCAACAAAUCCCUUUCUGCCCUCGGGAAUGUAAUAAAUGCUUUGACCUGUUCACCGGGAAAAGCUAGCCACAUUCCAUACCGUGAUUCCAAGCUUACUCGGAUUCUCCAAGAUGCUCUUGGAGGAAACUCCAGGACUGCUCUGCUCUGUUGCUGCUCUCCAAGCUCUUCAAAUGCAUCAGAAAGUUUCUCCACUCUUCGCUUUGGCACAAGGGCAAAGCAUAUAAAGGCAUCACCACGUGCCAAUUGCAGGGAAGAAAAUUCUGCCAGAGAUAAUGAAGCAUCAUAUGCAACUAAAGACGAGUCAAGUGAGAGAAUUUUACAUCAGUUGAGGGAGAGACUGGAUGUUGAAGAUGUGAAGUUACUUGAAGAAUUAUUCAUUGCGGAGGGAAUAUUCUUUGAUCCUAAUUCAGUGGAAGACUUGGAAUUGGCUUAUGAAGAUGUUACCUUCCGAACAAUUUCCUCACUGAAACAAGCUGUGGAAGAGCUUACAAACUCUGUUGAGGAGCUCAGCACUGAGAAUAAGGUCCUCAAGAACAGACUGGCAGCUCAAAGGAUUGAUGUUCUGCGUAAAGAGCCUGAGGAAAAUGGAAAUUCAAGUUUUCUUCAUAAAAUCUUAGACCUCUGCAAGUUAGCUUCCAGGGUCUGGCCAUUCUCUGUCGUUCAGACACUGACAUCAAAACUAUGACGCUUGCGCCAGGAGAAAGGGAUUUAAAAAUUCUGGGCACCUGAACUAGGGAUACCAUGAUUCUGAAUUGCCAGGUUAUGGUUUGUACAAUUGAGAUUCUCAGGAUUACGACUAGCUCUGACUAGUUCAGGCGCUGAUAAAUAAGAUUGAAUGCAUUACAAG